UGUGCCAAUGUAAUGGUCAUGCACGUCGCUGUCGUUUCAAUUUGGAAUUGUAUAAAUUAUCUGGACGUGUAUCGGGUGGUGUCUGCUAUAAUUGUCAGCACGAUACAACCGGAAGAUACUGUCAUUAUUGUCGUGAAGGAUUCUAUAGAGACAAUACAAAACCGCUUAAUCAUCGUAAAGUAUGCAAACGCUGUGACUGUCACCCCGUAGGAUCAACAGGCAAAACUUGCAAUCAUUUGAGUGGUCAAUGUCCUUGCAAAGAAGGAGUAACUGGACUAACCUGUAAUCGUUGUGCACGAGGUUAUCAACAGACCAGAUCUCAUGUGGCACCCUGUAUAAAAGUGCCAACAAAUGCAAAUAUGAUACAAGCUGAAAGUGCAGCGGUCAGUGAAUAUAGAGAACCCACCCAAGCAGAGGAAAUGAAAAAAUAUUGUGGCAAAUGUAAAGCAACGCCAAAAAAAUUAAAUUUAAAUAAAUUCUGUAUGGAAGAUUAUGCCAUUCUUGCCAAAGUUAUAGGCCAUGAUCGUGCCUCACAGGAUAUCAGCACUGAGAAAUUCUCCAUCGAACGACAAAAUGAAAUUUUUAAAUAUGAAAUUAAUAUACAAACGAUAUUCAAACGAAAUGCCAUGUCUGGCACUACAAGUUCUAUGCUAAGUAGGGGACACAUGAUGUGGCUGGUGCCGCGUAAUUUAGAGUGCCAGUGUCCAAAAAUUAAAUUGAAUAAAUCAUAUUUAAUUUUGGGACGUGACUCUGAGGCGGCACCCGGCUAUUUGGCCAUCGGUCCCAGUUCCGUUGUAUUAGAGUGGAAAGAUGAAUGGUCGCUGCGUAUGAAACGUUUUCAACGACGAGCGCGUAAAUGUAGUUGAAUCGAACCGGAAGCGGAAUAUGUCAAAACGGAUUUUAAUUUCGUACAUUUGGAACGUUAUAGAUUUUUGUAUAAAUUGUACAGUUUGCUCAAAUUUUUAACUUUCUUUGGCAUUAUGCUAUAAAUAGAAACAAAUACAUAAAUAAUAUUUAAUUAAUGAAUAAUAUAUAUAUAAAUAUAUAUAAAAAAGAAAGUAACACAAACAAACACACAUAUACAUAUAUAAACAAAUACAAAAUAAUAUAAUACUUAAACAUAGAAAAACUAACAUUUUAACACAGGUUAUUAGAGAAGAGAAGAGGUAUUAACAAAUUUAGCUUUUAAUAUAAAUUUAUGAUUUUAAAUUUUUAGUUUUAAAUAAUAUUAUUUUUUUAAAGCCCUGAUACUUAAUUCAUUUUUAAUCACACACAUAUAUACUAUAUGACAUUAAAGUGGAAUCAAAUUCAACUCCUUUAACACACACACACCUACUUACAUAUUGAAAAAAUUAUAUUUUAUUGAAAAAAUUAUGGCCAUAGUAGAGGAAGCGGAAGAAGAGAAAAAAAUUAACCACAAAUUAUGGUUGAAACUAACGAUUAAAAAAAAUUUACACACAUACACAGAAGAAGAAAACAAGAGUAGAGAAAAACAGAAAUCAUAUUCAUACAUGUCUAGAGCUGUGUAAAAUCAUGGUUAAUUAAUUAUUCAAUGAAAAUCCCUUAAGGGAAUAUAGAGAGAUUUUUUUUUGUUUUAAAUUUUAAUUUAAUUCUACUCGUAUUGUGAAAAAAAACUCGUAAUAAAAGCGAACAAAAAAAUCAAACUUCAUAAAUAUACUUUUAUUGUUUAUUCUUUAAUAAUAUUUUAUAAUAAUAAUUAUACUUACAUAUGUAUAUGUAUGUAUAUGUGCUAGUUAUUAUUUUGUAUAUUUAUUUAUUAAAUUUUGCCAUGUUUUGUUUUUUCUUUUUCCCAAAUGUAUUUUUAUGCAAAUAUAUUUAAAACAAAAUAAAAAAAUAACAUUUAAAUGCUAAUGAAUAUGAACAUAUUUGAAAAAUACUUAGUUAUAGUGAAAAUUAGUAUGAGAGAGUAUGGUAGAAAAUAUGAUGGUAGUAAUUUAUCACCAAAAACAAAUUAUUAUUAAAAAAAAA